AACCUAGUAGGUGCCCUGCUACCUAGCCCAUCAUAGGCGCCUCAAUCAAUAAGGUUGCCUUGUCACCCUAGUCGCCAUUUCCCUUAACGUCUCCCAGGAAAGCCUGCUUCGUUAUGAUACCCGCUUCCACGGCGUGCCGAAAUGGCAUUCAUACCUGCUCCUGCUGUUUUGUCCAUCGCUGUCGCUCAGCCCCUGUCAGAUCCGCGACGAAGUCUGCUCUUCGCUUCGCGUGUGGCUUAUGUCAGCCGCCAUCCGCGCCGCCCUCCAUGCAGCGCUGCUUUCCGCCUGCCGUGCGUUGCUCGCGCCCGGCACCUUCAGAUUCACGGGCUCCUCGUCCGCGCUAUUGACAGGAACUCGCUGUCAGUUCCUGCGCGGCAUCUCCCAUCUGCAAUCCCCAAACCUUUUCUUUCAGACGCCAGCGGAACGCGCUAAGCAACCUAACAGUACCCAGGGCCCAAGCCGCGGGGUCGCGAGGAUCAACCCAGCGUCCCCUCUCACCCGGCCGUUCUCUCGUCGGACGCUAGUAGCGCCCAUGGCGGGCAUGCGACCCGCGGCGGGCGCGGAGCGCGAUGUGCAGGAGGCGGAGGCGCUGCCGGGGCUGCGGCGCACGGUCUGGGGGCAGUUAGACCUCAGGCCGCGCUUCCCCAAGCUGGAGUCGCACGUGCACGCUGACGUGGCAGUGAUCGGGGGCGGGAUGGCGGGGCUGAGCAUCGCGUACCACCUGCAGCGGAAGGGGCAGUCCGUGGCGCUGCUGGAGCGCCGAUGCAUCGGUCAGGGCCAUGGCCUGCUGGAAUGAUCCCUCCUUUCCCCCUCCCCGUACCACUGCCGCCGUCCCCAGCUAGUACCUCCACAUCCUGCCCCAUUUCGCCUCAUUGGCCCCUGUUGCUCCCCCUUUGGUUCGCGCCUGCUUGCGUUGCGGUGCGGGUGUGCAGGGUCGGGGCAGACGGGGCGGACGACGGCGCACAUCAUGGCGUGGAACGACGACUACUACAUGCACCUCGAGAAGAGCUUCGGGCGAGACAAGACGUUCCUCGUGGGCGAGUCGCACCGCCAGGCCAUCGACUCCAUCGAGGACACGGUGCAGCGCGAGGGCAUUGAGUGCAAGUUCACGCGCCUCGAUGGGUACCUGUUCCCGCACGACUCCAAGCAGUCCACAAUGGAAAUGCUCCACAUGGAGUAUGAGGCGAGCAAGAGGGCGGGCUUUAACGACGUGCACAUGGUGGACCGCAAGGGCGACCCCUUCUACGGCUCCAUGGGCAGGGCCCUGUGCUUCCCCUCGUCCGCCGAGUUCCACCCGCUCAUGUACCUGAACGGGCUAGCGGACGCCUUUGUGCGGCUGGGCGGGCGCAUCUUCGAGCAGACCAUCGCCUUCCGCGAGCACGGCUCCGUCACGGGCUCAGGGGCCGGAUCAGUGGUAUCGACAAAAGACGGGCGCGGCGUGGUGCAUGCGGGGGCGGUGGUGCUGGCCACCAACUCGCCCAUCAACCACAACCUGCUUGUGCACGCGCGCCAGCCCGCUGACAGGAGCUACGUGGUGGGGCUCAAACUCGACAAGGGCAGUGUCAAGCGCGCCAACUGGUGGAGCACGCACUCGCCCUACCACUACGUGCGCGUGGAGGAGCAGGCGGACCACGACGUGCUGGUGGUGGGCGGCGGCGACCACCCUGUGGGCAUGCGUGCCACCCAGUACCAGGACGUGUGGGGCGACCUGGAGCGCUGGGCGCGGCCGCGCUGGCCCAUGGCGCAAGAGACGCUCUUCCGGUGGAGCGGCGUGGUGUAUGAGCCUGUUGACUUGCUGGGGCUGUACGGGCGCAAUCCCAUGGACGCCACCCAGACGUACAUCGCCACAGGGGACAGCGGGCAGGGCAUGACGGGCGGCACUAUAGCCGCCAUGGUCAUAUCCGAUCUCAUCUGCCGCCGCCCGAAUCCGUUCAUCGAGAUCUACUCGCCGUCCCGCCUGCCGCCCGUCUCCAUGAAGUCCUUGUCGCUGGCUGGCUCCGUUGUGAUCCACACCAUUCAGGGCUACAAGGACUGGCUGCCCCUGGUGGGCACGGACGGUGUGGCCAUAGAGGACCUGGGGCGCGAGUGCGGCGCUGUGGUGAGCAUGGGGCUGCGCAAGGCGGCUGUGUUCCGAGACAAGGACGGACUCGUGCACGCGUAUUCGGCCACAUGUCCGCACCUGGGGUGCAGCGUGCACUGGAACCCCAACGACGCCACCUUUGACUGCCCGUGCCACGGCUCGCAGUUCGACCACCAUGGCCGCUGCAUCAACGGCCCCGCCAAGGCCGACCUCGCCCCGCUGGACCCCCGCCAGACUGGGUGAAGCGUGCAGCGUGAAGGCGUGUGUGCAAGGUGUGGGGCGGACUGCAGUUGAGCUAGGGGCGAAGGUUGAGGAAGAGGGCUUCAACACGGCUGGAAUAUGCCCGGCUCGUCAUGCCCUCAACACUGCCAGCUCCUGCUGCUGGUUCUGCCGAGGGGGAGUGGAAAGUGCGAGCAUAUAAGGGGGGGGGGGCAGGGGCUGGUUGACUGCCUCCACGAGGGUUAACUGUUGGAGCCCUGGGAAGAUGAUAGGGGUUGGAAGGGGACAUGAGAACAUGUAACCUUGCCUUGCAUAUUUCUUCCUUGGGCUGCCUACACUGCAAUGUGCAGGAACAACUGAUUUUGCGUAAUGUUCCAUGCCCUUAUGCAUCAAAUCGAAUAGCAAGCAUGUA